CAGCUUCACGCUGCUUACCUCGGUGACUGGAAUCAUUGCAGACCAAGAAAACAGCAUCUCCUUUUGAAGAGGAGGAGAUUUUCAUAGUAGAACAAAGCAAACAGGGAACAAAAUGGAAGGUGAAGUGUUGAAGCAUUAUCUCGCGGAUUCGCCUCCCAGUGUUGUUCGUCUAGAGAUCAAACAUCACUUUGAUGCUCUGACGGAUAAGCAGAAACAUUAUGCUCAUUAUAUCAGCAGGGCCGCCUUUUUGGGCACUCGCAUAACACUACGGCAAGUCUCGCCGGAAUCAGAACAUAUAUAUGAUUUCAUUAUUGCGCUUUAUCACAGCUGCAAUGGCGACUGGAAGAAGCUCCAGCGCCAGGCAGGCAUAACGGAUAACGAUCUUAAGCAUUUUCUGGAGUACUCCGCUCAGUUUCUCGGAAACCUGGGCAAUUACAAAAGCUUUGGCGAUUCCAAAUUUGUCCCUCGUGCAAGUCCCUCAGUGUUCAUCACGCUGGCGUCUACCUCACCCGCGGCUAUGACCCAUUACCAGAAGACCAAUGGUGCCAUUUUUGCUGCCAAGGACGUUGGUCUGAUGCACCUGGGCUAUACUGACGAGGGCCAUCUCACGACUUACUAUCCUGACUCGCCAACUAUUACUAAGGAAGAGAUUACGCUUAUUGGUGAUUUCCUCGAGAAGAAGAAGCUACUUCUUGAAAAUACCAGGCUGCGUAAAACUGGAGGAGGAGACUUUGAGCUGCUGAUUGCUUCCGGGACAACUAAGCUCUCAGAUGGCGGCAGCGAUGUUGGCAAAGAGGAAGAGUGGCCGCUGGAAGGAAACCUCGACGGCAAAAAGCUUCGACUGGUAUUUGGUGACUACGCCAACGAAAUGGCCAAGAUUACAGACGCAAUCAGUGGCGCAGAAAAGUAUGCAGCCAAUGAGACCCAGGUGAAAAUGCAUCAGGAAUACGCAAAAUCGUUCCGCACUGGUUCGCUGGAGGCAUUCAAGCAGAGCCAGAGGCAUUGGAUACAAGACAAGAGUCCGGAUGUUGAGUGUGAUCUCGGAUUUGUUGAGACUUAUCGUGACCCUCAUGGCGUUCGAGGAGAAUGGGAAGGCUUCGUGUCCAUGGUCAAUCAAGAACGCACCAGGGCAUUUGGAAAACUCGUUGCCAGCGCAGAGUCCAUGAUCCCCAAGCUUCCCUGGAACAAGGAAUUUGAGAAGGACAAAUUUCUUAGCCCGGACUUUUCCAGUCUAGAGGUUCUGACAUUUGCAGGAAGUGGUAUUCCAGCUGGCAUCAAUAUUCCUAACUACGACGACAUCCGCCAAACUGAAGGCUUCAAGAACGUAUCUUUGGGCAACGUUCUUAGCGCCAAAGCACCGGAUGAACCUGUCCCUUUUAUCCGCGACGAGGACCUGGAUCUCUACCAAGCCAACCGCGAUGCGGCCUUUGAAGUGCAAGUGGGUAUCCACGAACUCCUAGGUCACGGCACGGGUAAACUCCUCCAAGAGACCUCCCCCGGAACCUACAACUUUGACAUCUCCCACCCCCCAAUCAGCCCCAUCACCAACGCUCCUGUCAAGUCAUGGUACAAACCCGGCCAGACAUGGGGCAGCGUUUUUGGUAGUAUUGCUGGAAGCUACGAAGAAUGUCGGGCAGAAUGCGUGGCCAUGGCACUGAGCUGCGACUUUGAGAUUCUCCAAAUCUUUGGAUUCGGCGAUGGCUCGCUCGACAUGGACGGCCCUGCCGGUGACGUGUUGUACAUUGCUUAUUUGCAAAUGGCGCGGGCCGGUAUCGUCGCGCUGGAGUUUUGGGACCCGAAGUCCCGCAAAUGGGGUCAAGCACACAUGCAAGCGCGCUUUAGCAUCCUGCAGACCUUCCUCGGCGCAGGCGACGAUUUUGUCAAGCUCGUCUACACUAAGGAAGACUUGUCCGAUUUGAGCAUUGCGCUGGAUAGAACAAAGAUUCUUAGCCACGGUCGUCCCGCGAUAGAACGUUAUCUUCAAAAAUUGCAUGUGUUCAAGAGCACGGCUGAUUACGACGCGGGCAAGAAGCUGUAUGAUGAUAUUACGCAUGUUGAUCCCGAGUUCUGGGGAUCCAAGCUGCGCAAUGAAGUCCUGAGGAGAAAGGUCCCUAGGAAAGUGUUUGUGCAGGCGAAUACAGUCCUAGAUGGUGACAAGGUGGUCUUGAAGGAGUAUGAGCCUUCGUUGGAGGGCAUGAUUCAGAGCUAUGCUGAGAGAAAUGUUUGAACAUUGAUGCACACAACGACUCUGAUUCGUAUCAGUGCGGUUCAUGUUGUUACAGUUGUUGCGGUUGUGGUUGCUUUUAAGGCUGGAAAAGUGGUUCCGACAUGGCUGUUGGCUGUUUUACAUUUAUGCAUAAAAUGACAAAUAUCACCCUUUCCUGGCAUUGGCAAAUGCUGAUAUAGAGCAUGUAUGCAAUAAAUGAUAGAAAAAUAAGUCACCCUUACAAUGACGAUCUAGUUACACUCAGUAUUACCUGAGCUGGCCAGGGGACAAGUCUUGGCAUUAUACCAACAACUAUGGAGAAUAUUGGACGGAUGAAAACCGAAC